UUCUUUCAAAGAUUGAAAUUCAGGUUACAUGUUAGGAAACAAUCAUGAGAUUCUUUCCAUUGAACCUAACCUCAUUCAAGUAGUGUGUGAGGUCACAAUUUGUGGUAUUGGUUUAAUACACUUCCAUCCCAUUUCUGAGAAGAUGAGUUUGGUUUGAAAGGACAUAUAAUAUAGAUUUUUUAGUCAUAGAUCAUAUGUAUGGGUAUGUAUCUAUUAUACAUGGAUUUUUUAUCCGGUAUAGGCUUGAUUUUCCCUAAAAUCUUGUUAUUGUCAAGUAUUGUGGUUGAAAAAGAUUCUUGAUCUAACUUCACUUGGUGAUGAUUUCUACUUGAACAAAGUUUAUCUCAUGGAUGAUACCUGUAUAAGGGCAAAUUUGAUGUUAUAAAGCUCCUAAUAUGUGCAAGAUUCACUUUGUGCUUCUCUUCAGUAGACAAGGAAAAGUGAGGCUCACAAAAUGGUAUUCACCCUAUUCUCAAAAGGAAAGAUCCAAGGUAAUUAGAGAGUUAAGUGGCCUAAUUACCUCUCGUGGCCCUAAGCUCUGUAACUUCGUGGAGUGGAGGGGAUUCAAAGUUGUUUACAAAAGAUAUGCUAGCCUUUACUUUUGCAUCUGCAAUGAUGAGGAAGAUAAUGAAUUGGAGACCCUUGCCUUUAUUCAUCACUAUGUUGAGACACUAGAUCGCUACUUUGGCAGUGUUUGUGAGCUGGAUUUGAUCUUUAAUUUCCAUAAGGCAUAUUUUAUAUUGGAUGAAGUUUUGCUUGCUGGAGCUAUGCAGGAGACUAGCAAGAGAACAACUCUAAGACUGAUAGCUGCUCAAGAGGAUUUAGUGGAAGCUGCCAAAGAGGAGGAAAGUUCAUUGAGUAAUAUAAUUGCACAGGCUACCAAAUAAGAGUGUCAUUGAGGACUGAAUUUUGUUACAUAGGUUGCAAAUAAAGAAACUCAUUAUGCGAUAAUUUAUUCUCUAUAAACCAUUAGAAGAGACUUCACA